UACAAUGACCUCUCUUGCAGCUCUCAGCUCUUACCACCACCCGAAUGUUCCCACCCAACCCACCUCCUCAAUGUGCGCUAACAGUGAGAAAUCCUUUAUUGAUAACUUUGCGGAGAACUCAGGACAACUUGUAAAAACUGAGAGUCCAAACAUUGUGUGUACUGUUCUACCGUCACAUUGGAGGUGCAAUAAAACCCUUCCUAUCGCUUUCAAAGUCUUCUCAUUCGGAGAUGUACCAGACGGAGCUAAAGUGUCCCUCCUUGCGGGGAAUGAUGAGAACUACUGUGCUGAAUUGCGCAACUCUACUGCAGUGAUGAAGGACCGUGUUGCUCGGUUCAAUGAUCUCAGAUUUGUGGGAAGGUCUGGUAGAGGUAAGAUGCUGUGCUUGACCAUCACCAUAGGAACGCACCCUCCGCAAGUCGCGACCUACUCCCGUGCUAUCAAGGUCACAGUAGACGGUCCGAGAGAGCCGAGACGGCACAGAAGACCAGAGACGAGCGCGUUCGAACAAUUCGCAGCAGCAGCAGCGGCGGCAAACCAACGGGACAUGCAGGAAUUGGCGGCGGCGCGGGAUAUGCACGAUAUCCGGAUACAGGAUAUUGGUACACAACCUCGAAUACUGACACCUCCUGAACCUCUAGUUCCCGGGGCAGCGCAAGGAGAUAUCUCACUGCACUAUGGGCCCAGUGGAUGGCCUUACGGAGGGUACGAUAGGUCACCAUACAAGAUGGAGCAAGCAACACCCCACUUAGCUCAUCCAGAUAGACCACUUCUACCAACCCUCCCUCACUCCUCCCCUCUCCCCUUCCCUUCCUCCACCUACAGCUCCAGAAUCAAAACAGAACACGAUAUUCAAACCAUCUCCCAGUUCACCACAGGAACAGCACCCAUCAGGGACACACCGCCUCUGUAUAACCACAGUUCGAGUCUCUACAACCACCAGGUACCCACCUACAGACCCCAACAUCCAUACAACCCCUAUCAAGGGAAUCCCAACCUCCACACUUCUCCUCCCCAUACUACACGCCUCCUCCACGCUCCCCAACAAAACAUUGCUCCACUUUCUGGCAACAUCUCGGCUUUGGCUCAGAUUGCGUUCAACAACCAGCCACACCCUGGACUAGAACACCCAAAAGGAAAGGAGGAAGAACAACAUGCCUACUCUACUAAGAUGAAAAGUGCGGUGGUUAACCAGCAAUUAUGGAGACCUUACUGAGGAUCAGACACUAAAAAAGCAACAAUGGUUGCAACGUUCCGUGAUCUUAUAUUACUUGUGUUGUCCAGAAAAUACGAUGAAAGUAGAGGUGAAGUUAGGAUAUUCGAAAUGCAAUAGAGAAAUGUGCUUCGAGUCUAAAGUUGAUCGUAGUUAGAUAAAAUUAGAAAAUCAGCUGUCAGAUUGUUCGAGAAUUGUUUUCGUGUUUUAGCCUUUUAGAUUGUUGUGUUAGAGUAUUAUGGCUGAAAUUUCAAGUACAUGAAGAUCGCCGAAAAGUAAUUAAGUAAAUGAAAUUCACUUGAAGUGACGUCCUUAUUGUAUACCUCCUUAUCAGAGAUAUGAUUGAAGUUGGCGAAUGUUAAUGAAGAAAGUAGAAUAUUGAGUUCAAUAUAAUACGAACAACGAAGUUCAGUCUCACUGUAUGAAUGACAAAUAGUAGAAUGUAAUGUAAUAAAUGUCAGUAAUAUAAAUGGGCGGGUGGAUGAUGCCCCAGAAAGAGUAUGAAUUGUCAGUUUUUAUACAUUAGCUUAUUAAUCAUUUCUAGUCG